AUGGAGCACUUUUUCAUGUAUUUUCAAGAUGACGAGGAGGAAGAGGGCCAAAGGUUUUAUGCCGGGGGCUCAGAGAGAAGUGGACAACAGAUUGUUGGUCCUCCCAGGAAGAAAAGUCCCAACGAGCUGGUGGAUGAUCUCUUUAAAGGUGCUAAAGAGCACGGAGCCGUAGCUGUGGAGAGAGUGACCAAGAGUCCUGGAGAGACCAGUAAACCAAGACCCUUUGCAGGAGGUGGCUACCGUCUUGGGGCAGCACCAGAGGAAGAGUCUGCUUAUAUGGCAGGAGAAAGAAGGCAGCAUUCCAGCCAAGAUGUUCAUGUUGUUCUGAAGCUUUGGAAAAGUGGAUUCAGCCUAGACAAUGGCGAGCUCAGAAGCUACCAAGACCCAUCCAAUACCCAAUUUCUAGAGUCUAUCCGCAGAGGGGAAGUGCUGGCAGAGCUGAGGAGUUUAGCUCACGGUGGGCAAGUGAACUUGGAUAUGGAAGACCAUCGGGAUGAGGACUUUGUUAAGCCCAAAGGAUCUUUCAAAGCCUUCACUGGUGAAGGCCAGAAACUUGGCAGCACGGCCCCCCAGAUAUUGAGUACCAGCUCUCCAGCCCAGCAAGCAGAAAAUGAAGCCAAAGCCAGCUCUUCUGUUUUAAUCAAUGAGUCAGAACCUACUACCAACAUCCAAAUACGACUUGCCGAUGGCGGGAGGCUGGUACAGAAAUUCAACCACAACCACAGGAUCAGCGACAUCCGACUCUUCAUCGUGGAUGCCCGGCCAGCCAUGGCUGCCACCAGCUUUGUCCUCAUGACUACCUUUCCGAACAAAGAACUAGCUGAUGAGAGCCAAACACUGAAGGAAGCCAACCUACUCAAUGCUGUCAUUGUGCAGCGGUUAACAUAACCGCUCAGCCUCAAGCCUAUUCCUUCCCAUGUCUGCUGCAGUUAGCAGCCAUGCCCCAUGGGGAUCACCCCUCCUGCCCCUGUGCAUACCCAGUGCUCCAGUGCCAU